AGAGAGCCGCCUUCAUCGCUCCUCUCCCUUAAUAUAAAAAAAAUAUCGUCCGCUGAUAUCUUCUCUCGACUCUCGACUCUCACGGCUGCGUGCUUUCCCAUCAGGCCAUUAAUUGUUGUUUCAGCUGUUGCUGUGAUUCCUCAGAAUGGCAGAUGGUCAUGAGACUGAUAAGAACAUCGAGAUAUGGAAGAUUAAGAAACUGAUCAAGGCUCUUGAAGCUGCAAGGGGUAAUGGAACCAGCAUGAUUUCUCUCAUCAUGCCUCCCCGGGAUCAAAUCUCUCGUGUUACUAAGAUGCUUGGUGAUGAAUUUGGAACUGCUUCAAACAUCAAGAGCAGGGUGAAUCGUCAGUCUGUUCUUGGUGCAAUUACAUCUGCUCAGCAGAGGCUCAAGCUUUACAACAAGGUUCCUCCUAAUGGGCUGGUGCUGUACACGGGAACAAUUGUAACUGAUGAUGGGAAGGAAAAAAAGGUCACAAUUGAUUUUGAGCCUUUCAGGCCAAUCAAUGCGUCUCUUUACCUCUGUGACAACAAGUUUCAUAUUGAAGCUCUGAAUGAACUCUUAGAAUCUGAUGACAAAUUUGGUUUCAUUGUCAUGGAUGGUAAUGGGACACUUUUUGGGACAUUAAGUGGCAACACUAGGGAAGUGCUUCAUAAAUUUAGUGUGGACCUCCCAAAGAAACACGGAAGAGGAGGGCAGUCAGCUCUACGUUUUGCUCGUCUUCGAAUGGAGAAGCGCCACAACUAUGUUAGGAAGACAGCAGAGCUUGCCACACAGUUCUAUAUUAAUCCUGCCACCAGCCAGCCCAAUGUUUCAGGAUUAAUAUUGGCUGGGUCAGCUGACUUCAAGACUGAGCUUAGUCAGUCAGAUAUGUUUGAUCCCCGUCUGCAAGCCAAAAUACUGAAUGUGGUGGAUGUUUCUUAUGGAGGGGAGAAUGGUUUCAACCAGGCUAUUGAGCUGUCAUCCGAGAUCCUGUCCAACGUUAAGUUUAUACAGGAAAAGCGCUUGAUAGGCAAAUACUUUGAGGAGAUUAGCCAGGACACAGGAAAGUAUGUUUUUGGUGUGGAUGACACACUAAAAGCUCUGGAGAUGGGUGCUGUUGAAAUUCUUAUUGUGUGGGAAAGUUUGGACAUCAAUAGGUAUGUGCUAAAAAAUACCACUACUGGUGAGAUUAUAGUUAAACAUUUCAACAAGGACCAGGAAAACAAUCAGAGCAACUUCCGGGAUUCUGCCAACGCUGAAUUAGAGGUUCAGGACAAGAUGGCACUGUUGGAGUGGUUUGCUAAUGAAUACAGGCGGUUUGGUUGUACUCUUGAGUUUGUCACCAACAAAUCACAGGAGGGGUCACAGUUCUGCCGUGGUUUUGGUGGCAUUGGAGGAAUUCUUCGCUACCAGCUUGAUAUGAGGUCAUUCGACGAGUUUUCUGAUGAUGGAGAAGUUUAUGAUGACUCUGAAUAGCAAUCAAUCAACUCUUCCCCAAUACUGGUGCAGGAAGGUGGGGUGCGAAAAGCCUGCACCAGUGCGCUCGGAGUCGUCGUUGCUGCCGCUGCUCCUGAGCAAUGCUCACGAAAUUUCGCAGGCUUGAUCCAGGUUUCUAUUUCCUCUUUUCAUCU